AUGAAUUACGAGGAUUUAAGUUUAGAGGAUUUGAGGCAGGAAUGCACUACUAGGGGAAUAGAAUUUGUGCCCAAAGAUGGGAAAAGAAAUCUUUGUAGCAAGUUAAGGGUUUUUGAUAAUGCCACUGGGGAUUUUUCUGCUGAUGAGGGUGAGGGUGAUGGAGAGGAAGCGGAGGCUAUAGGGGGAGACAGUACAGUUCCAGGGGUUCUUGACCAUCAGAUUAGGAUGCUGGAGCUGCAGAGAAAAAUGAGAGAGGAAGAAAUGGUAGCAAUAAGGGAGGAAAGGGAGGCCCGUAGAGAGGAGUGGGAGGCCAGAAGAGAGGAAAGAGAAGCAAGGAGAGAAGAGGAAGAAAGAAGACUGAGAGUUAUGACUAUAGAACUGGAGUUGAAAAAAUUAGAACAAGAGAAAGCAGUAAGAAAGUUACAUACCAUUCAGAUGAGAGACAUGAGAGAAGGGGAGGACAUUGAUGACUUCUUUAGAGUUUUUGAAUUGACUGCUAAAUCUCUAUUCGUACCUAAAGAACAUUGGUUAGGCAGUUUAAUCCCGAAGCUUAGUGAAAGGGCCAAGUCUGUUUAUCUGGAGAUGAAAGACCCGGAUGCACAAGAUUACGAUAAAACUAAACUGGCUAUUUUAGAAUCGUAUCAGUUGACUGUUGAUCAUUAUAGGUAUAGGUUCCGCCAUUCGGAGAAACCUGAAGAAGACUUUGUUCAAUGGAUGAGGAGAACCAGGCGUUAUCUUGAUAGGUGGAUGAUGGUAGCGAAAGCAACGGAUUCAGCCGAGAAGAUCCUAGAACAAAUUACUAUSGAAAGAAWGCUGGAAGCAGUUGGUCCUGAACUACGSACGUGGCUUAAGGAGAGAAAAGUUGAAACGGCAGAAGAGCUAGCCAAAGUAGCCAAUKAGCAUAUCCAAGCCAGAAAAGGUCCUUUAAUAAAUGGAAGGUACAUUUCCACAGAAAAAUYCAAACCUAGGAAACCRCUAGAGAAACCACCGGAUAAGGAGGUACCAAAAGAGGAAAAGAAGUUAAAUUCUGACUUCCGUGGUAAGUGCUUCAAAUGUAAACAAGUUGGUCACAUUUCCAUCCAUUGUCCAAACAACAAACCUCCAGCACAUCAGAAACCUCAAUCWGGAAGUGGAUUCUUGUGCUUGACACCACUAGAUGAAGGAGAACGGUCCUCUGAGUACUAUGUUCAUGGUUCUAUUGAGGGAAUAUCAGCAAAGAUGUUGGUAGAUACAGGUUGCAGUCGCACUUUGAUACAUCGUAAGUUUGUAUCUAAAGCAAAAGACCUGGCCACCGAUGAAAGUAUAACCAUACUUACAGCUUCUGGUGAGAGAGUAGUUGUACCGCUUACUUGGGUGGAUAUUCAAGUGGAUAAAGGUAAGUAUAGGGAAUUAGUUGGAGUCGUGAAUAACUUACCUGUUGAUUGCUUGUCAGGUAGAUCCUCAUUUGGACGAGUAUUCUCAAGAGACGACUUGCUUAAUUAUUGGAAAGUAGAUGAAUCAGAUGUUGAAACUGCGUUGGUGACCACCCGUAGUCAGGCAAAACUAAGAGCUCAAGAGASGAGGGAAAAAUUGAUGGACCGUGAGAACAAUUUGGCAUCGAAAACGUUGUCAACUGGUGUAGAGCAAGAACCCAAAGUCGUGCAUAGAAGCAAGGAGGACUGUGAGAAAGAAAUACCGAAUKUGGGACAGAAAGAAGCUGAGGUAUGCCAAGUUAAUAUUCUUGAUAGAAAUAUUGAUCAAGUCAUUCAAGAUCAGAAAAAUGAYGUCACGUUAAAGCUUUGUUUCAAUGUAGCCACUAAGGACGCUCCAAAAGAGAAAGAUGGAUAUUUCUUCCAGAAUUAA